AUGACGCUCUUCGAGCCGGUGGCCGCCGUGACGGAUAGCGACCUCGUGCAGGAGCUGCAGCACUUCCGCCCAGCACUGCAGGCGGUCAGACUCGCUUUGGGGUUCAGAAAAGUCGACGACGAGUAUAGGGGGAAUCAGGUGGUGUCUGCCAGGGAGCUUCUGAAUGGAGACCCGAUGGUGGAGGACUACGAGGAUGUGCCCACGACCACUGACCAUGUGCUCUCCUAUAUCUUCACCAGUGGCUCCACAGGAAAGUCCAAAUGUGUGGUGGCCACCAAUCGCAUGGCCUGGGCAGAGUGCCAGUGGUACCCAGAGCUUUUUGAGAAGCUGGGCUACAAAGUGGAUCCCAAGAAGGAUAGGUGGCGCCUGGAUCAUGAGAUGGGCUGGUGGGGCGCAGCCUUCUUCGGCGAGGUGGACGUGGCGCUGGCCAUGGCCAUGUGCAUCGUGAUGAUGAAGCCGACGGAUCCGGACUGGGGCCAGCGUGGUGUGACCGUCUCAGGGGCUCUACCUUCACAGCUGACCCUCGGCAUCCGCCGUUCCGUCACCGUGCAUGGGUGGGUGGUGGGUGGUGGCGGAAUCCACUGGGCCGGAGGCAGUGUCUUCAGACCAAUGGGGCCAGGUGAUUUAUGA